UUUCAUUUUUUGUUCUCCGGAAGACCAUCUUGGCUGUGGAGCUGUGUUGACAGAAGCAAGUAGGGUAUCGUUGCACCUAUUCGUAUUUUAUUUCUUAAUGUUGUUGAUUAAGAUGGCAUAAUUAGAUGUUGAUCGAUAGCAAGACGUUUAUCACUGUUUCUCUCUCGGCGAUGUGAUCCCAGUUAGAUUCCGAUUUUUAAGGGCUGCAACAUCUUCCUGCUCUAUGUUGUACAGGGAUCGUUGCAGGAAGAAGGGGGGAAACACAGAGUGGAAAUUCAAUGGAAAAUGGAUGAAUGCAUUUCGACUGAAUUUCGGUGUCGCGUCCGAUCUGGUUUAAAAUGCGAACACGCUGGGUUUUGAAGUGGAUCUCGGAUGCGUUCGGCGGGGGAAUUGUAUGGAACGUUUUCUCUAUUUAUCAACCCGAGAAAAAACUGUAAAAGAGGGGACAAGAAGAUAAAACAUACACCAUAAUGCGAUGGCUGGGAUGGCAUUGAGGGACAGACAAAAGGGAGAUGCUUUGAAACUCGUUUGAUUACACUUCGUAUUUUUAUAUGGACUAGGUGAAUUGUAACAACAUGUCUUGGUGGAUGCACUGACAACGUUGUGACAUCUGUUUUUUUAUGUCGCUUCAUCCACGAUCUACAGUAGCCUACGUUCUCCCGCGCCCCUUCCUUGCUGUCCUCUCUGCUGUCGACAGAAUACCGAAUUUUCGUUGCAAAGAUACGCCAGAUCGCCUUCAGUAGCAAAGAGCUUUACGUUGGUGCCAUAAAAAGCAAGCGUGGAUCUCAAAUGGAACGGGGCGGUUUGUUUUUUAACCGGACUGCCGUUUGAUUCUGUCUUUCCCUUAGAUCAACAGCUAUUGUGAUUUAUUUGGUAUGGACACCCGUUGUUUCCAAAUAGGUAUCUGUCUGUUUAUGAAAAAACUUCCGCAUUGGCUGUUAUAGCCUACACAUGCUACCACUACAAAGGAAGUAACACCUGUCAAACGUGCCUCUUCUGCUAUUUUCAUUUAGACAUGUGAAUAGCGAUUCACCGAGAUUAGCACCUUGGAGGCCAUGCUUAAAACACACUCUGAUGUUUCUUUUUGAUUUACAAGCUCGGCCUCCGAAUAGAAAGAAAAUAUAGCCAACAAUAGUGGAGAAUAACAAUCCAUAGGGGGCUGCCGAAACGUGCAGCCGAAAUGUUGCACGUAUUGAGCCAUUAUUGUUGACAGCUUUUUCUUAAAAUUCACUUUGAACCUCCUCAAACGCCUAUGUAACCCACAAUGUUCAAGUAUCGGAUUCGCAUGUUUUUCAACGAACUGAAAGUAUUAGUUUUGAUGCGAUCUGGCUCCCGACGGGCCGAAUCGGAACCUGACCCAGACAGACGAUCAGGCAUGCGGGGACUCGGCGUUGGAGGCUGCGGGUGGCCUCCGUUCGACUGCACUUCCCGGGAUGACGAGGAGGAGUACUAUGGCACGGACCCCCGGCCACGGAGCCUGGCGUUCGAGGAGAAGGACCCGAAGCUCCAAGCGGGCCUGGACGCGGUGUCUCUCACCAGUACCAUGGACAGCGGCAUGCGCUCGCCGCAGUGCCGGAUCUGCUUCCAGGGUCCUGAGCAGGGGGAGCUGUUGAGCCCAUGCCGCUGUGACGGCUCGGUGCGCUGCACACACCAGCCCUGCCUCAUCCGCUGGAUCAGCGAGAGAGGGUCCUGGAGCUGUGAGCUCUGCUACUUCAAAUACCAAGUGCUGGCCAUAAGCACCAAAAACCCCCUGCAGUGGCAGGCCAUUUCCCUGACGGUGAUCGAGAAGGUCCAGAUUGCCGCCAUCAUCCUGGGCUCGCUGUUCCUCAUCGCCAGCAUCUCCUGGCUGGUGUGGUCCUCGCUCAGUCCCUCGGCCAAGUGGCAGCGGCAGGACCUGCUCUUCCAGAUCUGCUACGGCAUGUACGGAUUCAUGGACAUCGUUUGUAUAGGCCUUAUAAUCCACGAGGGCUCAUCGGUGUACCGGAUAUUCAAGCGAUGGCAGGCGGUGAACCAGCAGUGGAAAGUUUUGAACUAUGAGAAGGCCAAGGACCUUGGCGACCCCCUGAGCUCGGGGGGCAAGGGGGGAGGGGGGCGAGGGUCGCGGGGGGGCAGCGGCGGCCCCCACAGCUCCGGCCUGAGCGACCGCGCCGGGCGCACGGGCCAGCGCGUAAGGACUAUACUCAACCACCACUGCGGCUACACCAUCCUGCACAUCCUGAGCCAGCUGAGGCCCACCGAGCACCGCCUGGGCUCCGCCACCAACAGGGAGGUGGUGAUGAGGGUCACCACCGUAUGAGGCCCCCCCGCUCCCGACCCCCUUCACUCCCGACGGGGGCACGAUCCCAGCGGAGGAUGGGGUGGAGCGAGUGGCUGUGGGGGGUUGGCUGGUCGUGGAGGUGGCAGAGUUGGGGGAGCGCUGACACUGCAGUCCCCCCCCCCUCCAAGCGUCUGCCUCACAGCCAUGCCUCUGUGCGCCUUCCCCCAUCUUCAGAUAUCAAAGGACCCUUAGCGAACUGAUGUGGCUCUCUUGCCUCUCUUCAACGCCUUUCCCUCUUGCUCCUUCUCAGCACACGUCGUCGGCUUUUCAAAGACCGUGUUUGGUGGACAAAACUGCUGGGUAAAGCCGACCCAUUUGUCAUCUGAGAGGACUGUGAGCAGCGCUUUUUUUAACUGCUACAUUUACCAGUGUGGAUUGUGACAUUGAAACCAUUAUGUUUUAAAAAAAGAAAGAUGAAGACAACAAACAAGGGGGAAAAACUGUUUAAAAAAAAAUAUCGGCUUCAACUUCUAAAAGCUGGAGGGUUUUCUUUCCCCAGCUGAAAUAUAAAAAGCAUUGCCAUGUAUCCCGUUCUUCUGUUUUCUAAGAAAGGCAAACAAUGACAAAAAAAAGAGAAAAAAAACUGUGGGUAUUGUUACUGAUUUUGAUUUUGAUAACUUAUAACAUGAUAUGGAAAAAGUGGAAUUUCAUACCCACCCUCCCCCCUCUCCUUCCUUGUUCAUCUAUGCUUUUGACCUGAUGCAGGCAGCCAUCCUCCUCUUUCUCUCGUCCUCUGGUCUGUGCCACAGGUGUGGUUAUAGAUCUCUCUCUCUCUCUCUCUCUCUUUCUUUCUCUCUCUUUUGUGGUCCUAUAGCCCUAAAAGGCUCCUUUGCCACUCCACAAGGGCAUUCCCAAGUUAAAUACAAGACAUCCAAGUGCAAUAAACCUCCUGAAAAGAGAUGAGUGAC